ACUGACGUACGGAAGCCCCGCCUCCUACGCCGGCGCACGCAGUGUACACCCGGAAGUGGGAUAGGAAGCUGCUUGUUGUGAUUGUUUGGCUAGCUCGGGAAGUCGGGCCGAGGCUGUGGGGCAGCUCCGCUGAUAUGCCUUUUAUCGCAGCAAACCAGCCUGAGCUGAUCCGGAGCUGCCAGAAAGAUGUGCAGUUCCAGGGCUGUCUGAAGGGCCAGGCUCAUGAGGCCUGUCAGGCUUUUACCGGUGCCAAAAAAUGGCUGCAGUGGAGGAAAGAGAUCGAGCUGCUGUGUGAUCUCACCUACUACACUCUCACCACCUUUUCAGGUUACCAAACCUUGGGAGAAGAAUAUGUUAAUAUUGUCCAGGUGGAUUAUUCAAAGAGGAAGGUUCCAUCCAUUCUGCAGCGCUCUCUACUCAUCUGCUGCCACACCUUGUUACCUUAUUUCCUGGAUAAAGAACUCGCUCGCCUAGAACAAGAGCUCCAGAUAGAGAUUGAUGGAGUCCGGGUUUCACACAGCUUGUCUUCCGGUAGUCACCACCGCUCAUGGAUGUGGAAGUGGAUGCACAGAAAGAUCGCUUCUCUCCCAGAGCAACAGAAAAAGACUCUGGUCAAAACGGUGUAUGUCAUCAGGCAGAGUAUCACCUUUCUUAGAAGGUUGCAUCUGGCCAUGUUCUAUUGGAAUGGAAUAUUCUACCACAUUGCCAAACGCAUCACUGGCAUCACCUAUCUGCGUGUCCGUGGAUCACUUAGAGAUGAUAAUAUUGUGCGUCGGGGUUACAGUCUCCUUGGUGCAGUGUCGCUGGUUCAUCUUAUGUUGCUGCUGUAUGUCCAGCUAAAUAAUUUUCAGCAAAAGCAGGAAGCCCAGCAGAAAUUCAAGCUACACCGCAGAAUGUCCUACCAGAGGGCUCCUCCACAUGAGAAAUCCUACCAGCGACCCUCUAAGUGCACGUUGUGUUUAGAACACCGUAAGCACACUACAGCCACGCCAUGUGGUCACCUCUUCUGCUGGGAGUGCAUCACCGAAUGGUGUAACACCAAGGCUGAAUGCCCACUGUGCCGAGAAAAAUUCAAUCCACAGAGGCUGGUGUACCUGCGGCACUACCGAUGACUUGGUGACCGUUUUCUUCAGACCAAGGGCUCCACAAGGUGUCUUUACAAGCAGCCGCUGCACCUCUCAUACAGCUGAAGUGUUCUAACUGGAGAAGUGAGACUCCAGGCCAAACUAACUUUGAUGUUUACACAAUGUAUGCAGCCAAACCUUUGUAUUUACAAGCUGUACCAUGUGCCGUGUGUAUACUGAAGUGACCGAUGCCUCAUCCAGUGCACACUA